UUCGACCCUUUCGUUUUGCUCUCUCUAAACAAUGUAGGAUGUGCUGUUGAAGCUGAACCUGUUGAUUCGCAAGAUCAGCGACUACGAAAUCCGGUUCGGGACCCAAUACGAGUCGUUUCGCGAGAAGGUCAAGUACCUCCGCACAAAGGACGACUCGCUCUGCGAGAUGGGCCGGCGUCAGUCCGACCUACAGAACAAGAUCCUGGAUGCGUCCAAGAGCCGGCUGCGGUCUGCCAAGGCUUUACUUCUCCAGAAAGAGCUCGAUGAUAUCCAGAAGGCGAGCGCACCCACAGAAACAAAGCUGCAGAAGCUGAAACGCGAGGUCAUCAAGGGCGCUUAUACGGAGCAGCUUAACGCCAUUAUUGAGCUCGGCAGGAAGAUGCAGAUUAUUGGCGAGCAUGGAAAGCAAUUGCUUGAACAUAUCGAUCUCCCGGCUUCGAUUGAUGAUGGUCGUAAAACUGAGGACAUUCUUCAGGCAGCCCGCAUUGCCCUUGAGAACUGGGAUCAAUUUGUGAUGGUGGAUCCUCACUCAGUUGUCGUUCAUCCCCCGCCUCCGCCUCCAAGGUCUAUGUCUAAUAUAUCCAUCGAUAAUAUCCAGACGCUCGCUGUCUCAGAGUCGCAGACGGCAUCGAUUGCGGAUUCUGGCUCGGAUUCUGACUCGGAGUCCGACCAGGAUUACGUGGCUGCACCUUCGACACCGUUAAAAUCCAAACCAUCAGUUGCAUUGACACUUUCUCAGGAUAACGCGCCAUCAGAGGAGCCAGAGACGCCUGUGAAGGCGGUGGCUGAACCAGUAUCAGAACCAGAGCCAGAACAAGCACAGGAGAUAGUGAAAGAGGAGGAGGAGGAGGAAGAAGGAGCGGAGGAUCCCAAGACACCUAGACAGGAAAUGCACCUCUCGCCAUUUGCAUCCACACUCGUACCCAAGUUAACACUCACACCCAGCAAACCAAAAGCAGCGACGGCAACUCCGGUUCCAGCACGAACAUCAGAUUGGGCAUAUGAAGCCGCCGCAGCCUUGGCCAGCGUUCAGGGCAAGAAGCUGGAGGAUCUCAUUAAGGAGGAGGAUACCUCAACGUCCGAAGCAGAGACAUUACGGCGUUUGGAGGAACUUGAGAUCAAGCAGGCGUUGGAGCUCAGUUUGGCAGAGGCGAGCAAGCCUGCAGUGACCAAUGAAUCGGGUGAUCUACAGCUCACCGCAGAGGAACUUCGUUUUGUCAUGGGAGAUGUGGUACCGAAGCGAUCAACCAAGAUCGUCAAGAGACAAGCUAGGGCACCCGAGACCACUGACGGCUCAGCGCCGGUGUCUGUAAUGCACGCUGGUUCGAGGAGGGCCUCAAGAGCCAAGUCGACCAAGAUCACCGUCGAUACUGAGAAGACUGCAUCUGAGACUGAGUCGGAGCAAGACCUCGAGACACCAAAGGCCUCCAAGCCGCCGCGCGUUGUCCGUGGACCCCAGGGGUCGCUGGAAGAAGGCAACCGGAUGUCGCAGCAGGGACCUCGACCUUGGAUCCCCAAGGAUGAAGAUGACGACGAGGAUGAUCCUUCAGAGACCUCGACCGUGGACCUGGAUGGACCAGAGGAGCUGGCAAAUGCAUCAGAUGUCGCAGAGACCAUGGGUGAGGAGCAUGUUGUGAAGCCAUCGCCUAAGAAGAAGGACACUUCCAAGGUGCACGAGAGCAUGGGAUCUGAGCCAGAGAGGCCAUUGGAGAGUAUGGGACCCGAACCCGAGAGACCGCUCGAGAGUAUGGGUCGGGAACCCGAAAGACCUCUUGAGAGUAUGGGCGAUGAUGGUCCAGAGGAGCCUGUGGUUCCAUUUGUGCCCAUGCCUCAACUUCCGGCGAUGGAUCAAAUCCGCCAGCAAAAGAUCAUGGAGAGACAGCAGCAGCAGCAGCAUCAAGCACAACAGUUGGCCGCAUUUGGUGUUUCCCCCAAGUUGCAGAGCUCUCCUCAGAUGAUGAACCAGCAGCUGCAGGGAUCUCCUCAGACAUCGCAUAGUUCGCUCCAUGCAUCGUCGCCUGCCCAGAGCUACCAGUCCCCGAUCCCAUAUAAGCCCUCGACAGCGUACGUUCCUCAGACACCCAAGCAAAAAAACAGACUGUCUGGGUCCCACCAAGGAACGCCUGGGUCGUCACCCCAGCCACAGUAUCAGCAGGCACACCCGUAUCAGCACCAGCCUCAGCAGUCGGGCACAUAUUCGGCGCAAUACCUCCAGCAGCAACAGCAGCAGCAACAGCAGUAUCAAAGACAGCAGCAACAGCAGCUUCAAGAUUUCUACUACUCGCCAUUUGAGCAAGAGUACCAGCAGCAGCAGUAUCAGAUGUACCAUCAGCAGCUCCGGGAGCAACGUCAACAACAGCGGUUGGACUCUGUGUCGUCAGUGUCGUCGACGGGAAGCGGCAGUAGCGCGAGCAUUGGAAUCGCGCCAUUGGGCUGGAGCCUGCCUGGAAUGGCACCUCCGCAGGUCACGGACGAUGAUGUGAGAUAUUAUAGUCAGCAUCAUCAGCAGCAACAACAACAUAAGCAGCAACAGUUCCUCCAACAACAACAACAACAGCAACAACAACAGCAACAACAACAACAGCAACAACAACAACAGCUCCAUAAACGCACAGGUUCUGCAGCAGGAUCAUCGCUUCAUGGCGGUGAUGAUUACCAGUCGUCAGCCGCGCCUUCACCGUCGCCUUCACAUAUCUCGCUCAUACCCGAUAACACACCUUCACCCGUGAUGGCUUCAAUUGCACCCUUGACGCCCCAGAAGCAUGCUGGAGCUGGUGCAGGUGCAGGUGCGGGUACCGGGUCGAGUUCGAGCGCAGGAACGUCGAAACCAGCACUCACUCCCCACCCAGAUGAUUAUAAAGUGGAAGUGAAAUAAACCAAAAGUAUUUUUAGUUGCAUUCAUCAUUCAGUCAUCCAAUAAAAUCAAUAUUAACGAUA